CCGCCGCCACCGCCGCCAUCGCGCCCGGCGGGAAGGGGCGGGCUGAGGCGCGGCGGAAGCGGCCCCCUCACGGCUGCUUUCCGGCGGUUGGGCCGCGUGCGGCCGUUGCGGCGGUUGGGGCGCGGAGAAGCGGCGAACGGCGGUCGCCAUGGAGACUGAAGCGGCGGCGGGAGGGGACGGGUUCACCUCAGUCAGCGGGAGGCGGCGGCGGCGGCGGCGGGAGGAGGAGGAGAGGAAGGGGGAGGAUGAGGAGAUGGCGGAGCCGCGGCCCCGCAAGAGGCCGGCCUUCCCCGCGCUGCCCGCAGAGAGCCUGGGGGUCGGCGGCGGGGAGGUGCGGAAGGUGGCCGUGCCCGCCAACAGGUACACGCCGCUGAAGGAGAACUGGAUGAAGAUCUUCACGCCCGUGGUGGAGCACCUGCAGCUGCAGAUCCGCUUCAACCUGAAGACGAGGAACGUGGAGAUCAAGACUUGUCAGGAGACAAAGGAUCUAAGUGCUCUAACAAAAGCAGCCGAUUUUGUGAAAGCAUUUAUACUUGGCUUCCAAGUAGAGGAUGCUCUUGCUCUCAUCAGAUUAGAUGAUCUUUUUCUAGAGUCCUUUGAAGUUACAGACGUCAAACCUUUGAAAGGAGAUCAUCUGUCGAGAGCAAUAGGGAGAAUAGCAGGGAAAGGUGGAAAAACAAAAUUCACGAUAGAAAAUGUAACAAGGACACGAAUAGUUCUUGCUGAUUCGAAAAUUCAUAUUUUAGGAUCUUUUCAGAACAUCAAAAUGGCACGAACAGCAAUUUGUAAUCUAAUUUUAGGAAGUCCUCCAUCAAAAGUUUAUGGCAAUAUUAGGGCUGUGGCCAGCAGAGCAGCUGAAAGGUUCUGAGGUGCAGUCUGGCUGCUUUAUGAAGGACUGGGGCUGGGAAGCGUGCUCACCACACGCACAAGCUGCACGUUCAUGGGGGCUGCAGAAGCGCUCAGCCCUCUGCCUUGGAAGCCCAGAAGAGAAAUGGGACUGUUUGUGCGGUCUGACUUCCUUCAUGCACACCAUCUGAUUUGAACAGUCUUUGUAUUGAAAAGCCAUUAAAAGUUGUGUAUCUGAAGUGCUAUACUGAA